UGGCGAACGUAGACGAACGGAUUUAUGUGUGCGCACAUUGUGCGCGUGUCAUCAUCAUCCGUCAUCACGUCCGUCACCGCACAUUGAUUUGGCACUCUGAUGACAGUUCCAGUUCUUCAAUUUUCUAUCGCGCGUCUCUCUCUUUACGGGAGAGAAAUCACGCGCUGUGGUAACCAAACGAAAAAAAAACAUGAACGACACGGCGAACUUUCUGGCGUGGCUUUGGCUCGUAAAGUUUGUUAAAUCGAGUAUUUAAUAUAUAAAAGAGAGAGAGAGAGAGAGAGAGAGAGAGUGAUAACACAAAACUAUGAGUAACAAGUAACUCAAGAUUAAACAGAAAGAACAAAUAACACACAUCAAUCAUCAUGGAAGAUAAUGAAAUAUACAACGCCACGGUCCCAUCUAUGUCUGGCGUUGAGUCGGCAUUUUGGAAUUACAGUAUGGAUCAUCAUAUUAUUCUGGACGAUCUUAAAAUGGACAGCAACUUCAUAUGGUUGCUGUGCUCGUUGGUAUCCGCUAUAUCAUGGAUCGUUUAUAUCGCCUAUUACAAUAGCAGAGUGGUCGGUUACAUACUGACAAAACUGUUGAAUCGAUUUAUUAUCAGAGACGGAUAUGUUAAAGUUGGAUCUUUUACGUUGAGUGCUUUAAGUGGGAAAAUAAUGUUUAGAGAUAUAGUUUAUAUCACAACGGAUUAUAGCUUUAGAAUUCAAGACGGUUGGCUCAUAUUUAGGUGGUGGAGAAGUUACGUUCCUAAAGAUGUAUCGGAAGAUCUCUCGCAUUCCGAUACGCGAUUGUCAGUGAUGUUAAACGGCUUCGAAUUACAUGUUUACAAUCGCUGUCAACUCUAUGCACAAUUGGAGAAAUCUUUCGGGCUUGUGGCACACAUGUUUCCAGACGAAGAAAGUCACAAUGUUAAUGCCGACAAUCGGGACGAGGAAUCUAUGAAUAACGCCACCAACGAGACUCGCCACUCGCAAAUUAACGCGAUGGAUGUGUCCCGUCACGUGGAUAACAUCAGAAAGAAAGAGGCUCACGUGAUCGCUCGCACUUGGAGAGAUCUGAUACCGGUCAUCAAACUCGACAUUUGCACUGGAAGGCUGGUGUUCGGCAAUCGAUUAAUACCGACCACGUUAUCGAUAACUGUGGAGGAGGCGCAUUUUGUAUAUUCCACAAAACCGGCAGCUUCGAGACACGAUCACUUUAUGCACUUCACCAAAUGUAAAGCGGAAAACUUCAAAGUUAUCUUAGCCCCGAGCCCGAAAUACACCGGAAUGGUCGACGAUCCGCCCAGAUACAUGGGAGAGGGUUUCGUUGUUCUGAGUUCAAACAACAUGGAGGUUUAUUAUUACAUGGACGAACCCGGCGUUGUGCCGGAACAUCCGGAGAUGAUAAGACUGGUGAACGGGGACAUGGUCGAAGCGAUGCCGCCCAUAUGGGGUAUCGACAUCAAGUGCGGAAAGGGCACGGAUUUCAGUUACGGACCCUGGGCGGACAGGCAGCGGGAACACUUGUUCAAAUUUUUCUUUCCCAAUGAUUACCAGCCGUUGAAGGUGACGAAGUCGCCCAAGCCGGGAGAUAAGAGACAGGUUCAGUCGUUCGAUAUCAGAUUGUCGACGCUGAACGAAGCGACAAUUGACAUACUGUUCAGCAAAAAUAGGGAGACAAAUGCCGUUCACGUGAAUGUAGGACCGGGAUCGUAUUUGGAAAUCACAAUGCCGUGGAUAGUAUUGCAGGACGGAUACACGACGAAGAUAACAGGCCAGCUUUUACAUUUGGAGGCGACGACCAGUCUGCAGUAUCGCAGUUUGGUGGAAAGCGAGACCUUGGAGUUCGGGGUGAAGUGUCAUUAUCCGAUCAGAUGGAACGAUCAUCAAGAAUGGACGUUGAAUUUAACCGGUUGCAAAGCGACCGCAAGUUUGGUUUAUUCGCACAAGGAAUUCUUUCAAGAUAUGAUAAACGACUGGGCGAGCAAAGCGAGACCCGACAUUCUGCACUUUGUCCCGUACACUUGGAAGUUCAAUUUACUUCUUAAGGAAUUCGAACUGAUUACGGUGUGCAACGAGUACAAUUGGAUCGACUGUUCGUCGCAGAACCAAGAGAACGCGCACAUUGCUUUUUGCGGAGACUUUUUCGAUCUGUCGUUCGAUCUUCCGUUCGUGGACUUUCUGCCCCCGACGAUACCUUUGCGCUUUUGGAUUCAGGGCGAGAGCGUCGAUCUUUCGUUCUACUUGCCGGAAGUUAAUACCAAUCGUAUCAUUUUACUGGCUCUGGACAAAAACGCGAAGAUCAUGACGCGGGACGGAUCUCACAAGCACUUGCACGAGUUGAACAGAGGCAAAAAGUGGAGAAACUUUUGCCAGAAAGAAUCGGGCUGGAUCGAUUGUUGGUUCGUGCCGAUCGUGGCGUUGAGCAUCAAUUACAUUUAUCACUUGUGCCCGCCUCUGGGUCCCACACCGCAAGCGAAUAUAACGACUCCGGAGAAAGAAGAGAUUCUCUUGUCCCCCAUGCGAAUUCCCAAGUGCAGAAAAUCGCCGGGGUUGCAGUGGACGAGGAGCGGCGCGCAAAAGUUCGAUCCGCAAUCCAUAACGCCCGACAAAGUUAGCGUGGAACUCGAAAUCGGACCGUCCAUAUUGAUUCUGUACGGAUCUCUGUUGAAGAAUUUCAUGCAUCUGAAGGAAAAUUUGUUCGGCGACUAUCAGACGUUCACCGACAUGCAACAGAGCAGAGGCGGUUCGACCCCGGUGAGCGCGGAAAGGAACAAGGACGCGCAAAACAGCAGCAUCGAGACGUCCGUGGAGGACGAGGAUGUUAAAUCAAAACCGUUCGAUCCGAGAGAUUACAGAUCGUUGGAGGUAACCGUCGGCGUCACCAUGCACGAUAUUCAAGCCCACUUGAUCAAGAACUGCAACGAGAGCGACCCACCGUGUCCGGUUAUACUUCUGGAACGUUUCGGAUUCGAAAUGAGAAAGGGUUACAGGGAGACGCAGCUUCAGCUGUUACUUUCCCCCGCGAUCGCUUUGAUCACGGACAACGUGGCGAGACCGAACAAGGAACAUCACUUGAAUCAAGGCCAUUUGAUGUUGAGCGCGCUGCAAGUUCGCGGCCACGCUAUGUUCAGCAACGAGGGAAGGAGUCUGGAUCAGGAAACGCUGGAGUACGCGUGGCUUAUCGAGGUUCAACUGGGCAAGUUGAGCGGAAAGAUCACUUCGCCCCAGCUCCAUCAUUUCGUUACGUCGUUGGAGACUUUUCUGCUAAUGGCGAAAAAUAUGGAAAACAGUUUGCGACCGCCAAAUUUGCCGUUUCAUUGUCAUCACGGUCUUCCUCCGCUCCAGUGUCCGGAGAGCGACGUCGACAAACAUUACAGAUGUCCCAGUUCCGAGGACAUAAAGUACAGAAUGACGAGAUUGUCCGUGGACGUUGUCGAUCUUUAUCUGCAGGAGAUCGGCACCGCGAUACAAUUCUGGAUAUCUCCGGUGCGCGUGGCCACUUGCAAUCUUCACGGACAUCAGGUGAAGUCGGGCGUAACCGCCGUUCUGCCCACAAUAUCGAUUCGUCAAUUCGUAUCCGCGGCCGAUUACUUCGCGAAUACAAGCAACACCAAUACAACCGGCAGCGGGAGAUCUCACAACAACGCGAGCAGUCGUAUGUCGGGCGACGGUUCGGAUAUCUGGCUCGAAGUGGGAUCGACAUCGCUGGGCCCGGUCGUUGUGGAGGCUGCGAUCUCCCUUCCAACCCCGGAACACAAUUUGCACUUGGUACAGAACAAAUAUCUGAAGAUGCACGACGAGGCGACGAAACGUUUGUGGUUCUUGUGGCCGCAGGAAAGCGGACAGAGAGCGACAAAAUGCGGAUGCAUAGGUGGUUGCGUGUUCUUCGGCAAUAAUCGAAACGGGCCGAAGUUUUUCAAGCCGAGCUAUCACGAUCUUCAGGACGGCAUCAACAUCGCCGCUUACAGAAUUAACGAGCCCAACAUGGAGAAAGGUUUCGGACAGUCUAUCUUGCACGACGGUCAGUUGGUGUUUCACACGCCGCCUUAUAGUUUUCAGGACAUAUCUCUGCAGGACGUGUAUUGCACAACGAAAGGAUUGAAAGUGACGGUGAGUCAGGACGGGACGCAAACUUUGAAGAAGAACGUCGAACGACCGAGAUCCGUGACCGAUCACAACAAGGAAGAAGCCGGUGGUACGAAGCUGAACGUCGCGUCCGCGAGCCCGUUGAUAUCCGGUGACGACAGAAAGCCGCUCGACAGAAGAUUUUCGUACACGUCUAUGCGCGGCCCGAACGCCAAGGACGUGCCGUAUUCUCGCUUGAUCGACGCAAGUCCCGUCGCGCAAUUGCCUCAGAAAUUGGACUCCGAUUCGAAAUUAAACGCCGAGCGUAGCAAAUCAAUUUUGAGCGUGCCGGAGAUCGAAACCGUGCCCAAGAGCAGCGUGUCCGAUUCCAAAUUGGCGGUGGAUUACUUCACAGCGACGGAAAACGCGGAAACGUUGGAACCGAGCAGUCCGCAGUCACUGCCAACCGUUUCCACCGACUUCAAUAUCUCCGCGUCGAGACGAUCGGCCACGAGAGACGGCGAGGGAGUAAACAUAUCGGAUUCUCAUCACUCGCUGUACGCGAGAACCAACUCGGACGAACGACUGAAGCAGGAGGUGCAACGUACGAUUUCAAUGUCGUCGGAGAAUCAUUCGGAAGCGUUUUACUCGGCCGACGAGGACAUGAGUCACGGAUUGAGCGAGAGUCGAACGUCGAGUUUGCGACAGUCCAUCGUCGGUUCCGGUUGCGUUCUUAAUCGCAACGACAGUAUAAAGAAGAAGUGCUCGUCGGAUUUGUCAAUCGUCGAGAGUUCGACCAACGUGAACAAUCUCUCGUCCGACGCGAAAGCCCACACGUUGGAGAGAGCGAAGACCCAGAUAUUGGGCACGAAGAAGAGUCCCAGGAUCAACAGAAACGCCAGUUUUCAAAACGAAGUCGAUCAAACGGUCGAGAACAGCGGUUUGCACGAUUCGGAUAGCCAUUCGGUAUCGUCCACCAGUUUCAUCUCCGCUGUUUCGUCGCAAGAGGAUGUCACUCUCGUGAAUCUGCACAUGCAAGUGAACAAACCGAUCGUGGACUCGCCUCUGUUGAUGUCGAGUUAUGUCAGCCACUUGACGCAGGUUCGCUGUACGAACUGGAAUCAAUCGUCACUGCCGUUGGGUGGCGACGCGUUCACCAUUCCCAUAUUCCAACGCGCGGAAGACGGCAGAUUGGUUUACGUUGGCGGACGUUACAUUCCCAAGCUCGAGACUGUCACGGAAGGUUUCACAUCGUUGAAAAUGAUAACGCGUUCCGACGGCUCGCCCGUCGCGAGUUCGUCCAACAAGACACCCACGCAUCCUUAUCUGUGGGACGAUAAAUCUCUGAACCAAACGGAAGGUGAGGACGAUAAUGCGAUGCACAACGAGGAGGAAUUGCUUGCGAUAUUGCACGAAACUGGAUUGCGUACGACGGUCAUCGUCAAAUUCAAAGGAGACGUCGACAUCAUGAUAAGUCCCAUGGUGCUCGAGUCUCUACAACGUUUUAUCGACAGUAUUAUACCAACUCUGGCCACUCUGCAUCCGUUAACGAUACUGAAUCAUCUUCACAACGAGUGCAUAAGUAAGGUCGAGGACGCGAACAUUUUGAAACAGGAUCAGAGCUUGUCGUAUUGGAGUCAAGUGCAAACUAGUUCGAAACGAUCGACGGCAGAGAGGAAUCUUAAAACUGGUCAAGGUGAUGAUAAAAGUAAAAUCGCGCUACAGACGAACGUCUACGAGGAGAGUAUCACGACGCAAAUACAAGGCAGUAUUAUUUUGCCAAAGCUGAACUUAACGUUGCUUCAAGCGUCCGUCGUCGAGGAAAUCAUAUCGUUCUCCGCGUUGGAGAAUAUUCGUGACCUGACGUGCGUGUCGUUGUUCGCGAUUUGUCUCGACGACGUCACCGCCAGAUUCUAUCUCGGGAAGCAGGCUCGCGAAGUCGUUCAAACGUUUCACAAACCGGCCGCGUUACCGAAUCAGAAGAAGGUGAACAAGAUCAGCAAAGCGUUUCUGCCCGGACAUCAAACUACCGCCGUUGUGACCGACGUGGGGGGAGAAACGGUUUACAUAGAAACGUCCGAGAAGCAGCAAGAGGAAAUUAUCGUCACUCUGAAUAUCGGCAAAGCGCAUUCUCAAUUGAGAAGACUGAGAAACGAAUCCUCAAUACUGAAGGACGCGGUCAUAACCGCCAUACCUGCGCAUUACUCGAAAGUACUGUUCACUUGCACAAGAAUAACAUCGCCAUUGAAGUGCGUCGAUUAUUAUCUACAUCACUUGGUGGACGAGAAAGACAAGCCAAAUAAACAAACCGGACCGCCACAAGCUACGGAGGAGUUUACCAUGGGAUGUGGAGAGGACAGGCUUGGAUUUAUCAUGUUCGAGUGCGGUCUCGAGGGAAUUAAAUUGAAAGUAGUGAAGAGAUCUCAGUUCGAGAAGGGUGAGAAUGGCGACAGCGACAAAAAGAAUGAGACCGAAGUGUUUUGCACAGACAGCGUCAAGAGUCAGGAGGAUUUGGAGAAUAACACUGCCGCGUCCACAGCGACUACCACAGAUGCGGAUACAAAGACGACGACAAACGCAACGUCCGCUGGCGCUCAGAUGAACGCGAGUGCCACUUGCACCAGUCUAAUGUCCAAAGCGGCGAACGGCAAUACCGUGUCGUGCGUAAUUGAAUUGAGAACUGUGUGGUUUAAUUUCGCCGCGCCUCCGCGCACUCCGAUAACGCGGAAGAUCGAUUACACGAGACUGGAUUGGAAUCUGCUAAGCACAGCCUCGCCGGCGAUAAACGCGUGGAUGAAUCCCAGCAACAAAUUCGCGAUUCGAAUCGUUUUCAUGUUCAGGACGAUGUACCGAAGAUCAACCGCGAUUGUUGCCAGUCUUAUGGCGGAGGCGUUGGAUGUACAAGGAAUUCACAUGCCUCCGAAGAGUCGUUACGGAAGAUUAACGCCGUUAGCCAAAACAUUGCAGGAGGAUCCUUCCUGCCAGUUGUGCACCAUAUUGCAGAAUUACGUUUUGUUGUCUGAAAUUGCAAAUAUCGAAGCGAAUUUGAAGGAAUCCGAGCUGCCGCUUCUCUCCACUCUCCGACAGGGUGUUAUUGUAUUGAGCAGACAGUGGAAGAACGUGCUUUAUACGCCGUUGUUAUUGGAGCACAAUUACAAAACGAAACAUGUUAAACCGUUGAACGUUACAUUUGCCGUGUCAGAUCCUGACGAGGAAAAUCUGUUGACGGACGGAGAAGGUAGUGCGGGAGAUGUUGACGAUCAGGAAGUGACGGAUGAAUGUGCCAUGCUCAUCCACACGGACAAUGUACACAAACACACUCACAUCAAAGGUGGACAAGAUAAAACAUCAGGUAUGUGUUGUGAUGGUUUGGCAGUCCCUGUAAGUUCUCCUCGUGGGAAAGAUACGACCCCUAUAGCAACACCGGUUCCAGGCCCGGAUUCAUUUUCCUCUCCUUCUCCACCUGUAGCUCUUCUAAAGAGAGGAAAAAUGUUGCAACCAACGCAAGUGCCUGCUAGUACACGUGCAAGUAUCGUUUUUCCCUUGCUCACCACUGGUGGUCUGUUCAAUCAAACGCGAGAACCAAAUAACAUAAGUUACGGGACACUGAAGGAAGAAAAACCUCCGCAAAUUCAAGUCUCGCACUCGCACCAACUCGGUUCCAAUCCCAGCAUUUAUUCCGGAGGUCUGGGUCACGGCAGUCAGCACAGCACCGGGAGUUUGGAUCAAAUAACGUCUCCGACAAGUCAUUCCACCAAGCCCAUAAAUACGGGAGAAGAUCUCUACAGUUGGAUGGCGAAGCAGCAAGAAUUCAUGAAGGACAAUGACAAGGGAAAUUUGAAAGGCAAUUGGGUCUUUCGAACCGAGCAAAAAUCCACAAAGGAUUCGAAAAUUAACACCAUGACCACCGACGAUACCGAGGAUUCUGAUAUACAAAGUGGCGCCUUUCUAUAUCCAAUGAAAGACUCACUGAGACUGUUGGACGCUCAUUUGAUCUUCGAGCCUCUUUUGUCGUCCUUGUCGGUUAUGCCGCAACAGAUGUUAUCAGUCAUUGGAUCAGGAAAUGUAAAUAACAUGUCUUCUUUAGAUUCGUUAGGCUCUAAUUUGUCUCUUGUAGGCAGUAUGGACACUAUGCGCAUUGAUAUAGUUGUGAGCGAAUUUGGAAAAGUGAUAGACAAGAAGAAAAAUAACAAGUACCAGCCGAGAAAGGGUAACAAUUCGAAAUUUUACCUCGACAUACCGCCGGAGACGCCGGCGUUUUUGUGCGAGAGAAUCGGCGUGGAUAUCGAUGUGAAAAAAAUGGCCGACAUGACGGUGGACGACAUGAUACAGAAGCAAAACGUUCUAUACAUAUCCAGAGGUCAAUUAAAGAAACACACCAGCACGGUUGUUAACAUUAGCUUGAAUAUUCGUUACAUAAGCCAACAAGUGAACAUGCCGCUUCUUCGACUGUUGCAUCAGAUAAGCAACAUGUAUCAGAAUGUUAAGGAGACGCAGAUGGAGCUGAAGGAGCAACAGCCCGAGGGAAAACGGAACGCCAACAUAAUCGCUAACGACACUGCCGCGAAAAAUGGCUCGUCAUCAACGUCCGAUCUGCAAGAACAGUUUCUCGUCGGCGGCAAAAAGGUCGAGGCGCCGUUGCUUCGCAGCAGCCUCGAACCCAAUCAGUCGAAGACGGAAGGAGCGACCGUGCGAUCUCGGCCGCAGAGUUUCGCCCAGAAGUUGCGAAGCACCGGCAAGAGCGUCAAGGGCUACAUCAAUCUGAGCGAGGGCGUUAUCACGCCCAGUUUCGGCGCGAGUCCCAGCGGUUCCGGUCUAGACAAAUUCACGAUGUUGUCGGACACGCGCAAAGAUAGCGCGCACUUAACGCCACGAUGCUGGAAGACCAUAUACUAUCUUCUGGAUUUGUACGCGACGCGUCCGGAAACCAAAACGAUCACUCAUCGAUUCUCGAUACCGGCCGAAACGGCGGAGCAUUACAAGAGUGGCAGAAAGUACGAGAUUCUGAACGAAACCAAAGACGUCGAUAUCGAAAAGGGAUUAAACGCGGAGAACAGUUCGACACCCGUUCCUCCUUCGAGAGAAUUGAACAUUGUAACCGGAGAGAGAACAAGAUUGAUUAUUUUCGGCGUAGCGCGAAUUCACAGAACCAGAUUACUGGCCACACUGAGCGGUUUGAAGCUUGAGGAAGAAAUCACGAGUCUGCACGCCAGUCUGACUUGCCGCAAGAAAUCGCGACCCGCGAGUCUCGAAUGCAGCAUGACCGGACAAAUCGGAAGAACCAUGAUCGUUCUGCUGGAGGGCGUUGCUCCAAGUCAACAAACAGUCGUAAAGGUUACCGUCGGCAAGUCCCAGGCUCUGUAUUCGAGCAUCACGAGGCGUCAGAAGGACAAGAACAGCGGUUUACUGACCGUCGGCGCUGUGAACAUCGACAUACCCCAACAUCCGGUAGCUCUGCAUGGAAUGAUGACCAGAGGCAGCAAGCAAUUGUCGUCGACGUUACAGGAACUGAGAGUCACCAGAACAUCGUCAAGAAUGUCACGUGGACAACAGCAGGACGAUGUUGACGGUGCUCCGAGCAGUCCGCAUCAUUACGCGCCGGCGCCUUCGGUAGACGUGGAAAAGCCGCAAGCCGUGUCGGGUCUAUUAGAACCUAUUGUCAUGCAAUUUCACAUAAUACUCCAAAGUUUGAGCAUAACCGCGGCACUGUUACCGUCUCUCCAGGCGCAAUACAAAAUGGAUCAGGUGAACAGUUCCGGUACAACAGGCAGCAAAGCCAAGUUUACCAUAGAUCUGCCUCAUCAUAAUCUAAGUUUCACCACGAAGUUGCAAGUGACGGAAGCGAAUUUACCGUCCGAGGCUAGCAUCGAGUUACCUAAAGUCCACGUCUCGGCCGAAUACGUUCAAGAUGGAAGCAGCAAUUUGAACGACAGCAAAUUGGCAGACGGCGUUGUACUGAGGCAAGGCAGUUAUCUCAGUGCGAUUGCGGAUAUUGGGGUGUUCGAACAUUCCUUAACGACGGAUCUCUUGAACCAUUUGGUGUUUGUGCAGAAAGUGUUUAUGAAGGAGGUAAACGAGGUGGUGCAGAAAGUGUAUGGGGGUGAGAAACCAGUACCCUUGUGGUUUGAAGACGACGAGACGACCAACUCCACGCUGAAACGAAUUUUAUUUUCACUCAGUAUUCGUAUCAAGCGAAUUCAAUUGACUGCGACAACCCCAACGAACUCGGCAGUGCGACUGGAAACCGGCGCGGUUGAGUUCCAAUUGUCCAACCGAGUGCAAAACGUUUCCGGAGCGACGCAACCCAAUCCUUAUAUGAAGUUAUUCGGCAAGGCGCAAGUUGACAUCAAUCUGAGUCUGGGACAGCUAUUGAAAAAUGUUUUGUUCGAAGAAGCGGAACCGGAAUUUCAACAAUUUGCUUUCUUUCACACCAGAAUAGGACUGCGAAAUGCGUUCCAAGAAGAAAUGGCUCAGGGUGAGGACAAAGAAGUCGUUUUGAUCACGCUCAAACGUCCGUUGAUUUACAUACAACCGAUAGCCGUUGACAAAGCUAUACUCGUUUGGUUGAAUUACAAAAAUGCGUACGAAUAUUGGAAUGAGAAACGAUCUAAUCUGAACAAGGAAGUGUUGACUGCCACUCAGCAAGUAUUGGAAAAGGUUCCGUUCGGUCAGCUUAGCGCGCCUCAUCUCGGAACGUUGUUCUUACAAUUGACCGUUGACGACAUGGGUAUUUGCUUGCCGCUCAAUCCUCUGCCACCAAACAAUUGGAAAUUGAACAGAAGUCUUUACGAUGGCGAGUCGCGAGGCGCUGUCGUCAUAACGCUUGAAAAUACAAGUAUAUCUGCGUGCAGCAGCGGUAGUUUAGUCAGCAAAGGAAGAUUUGUGGGUCUGUGCUUGAGGUUUGCGGAAGACUUUGAAACUUCUUUGGACGAUUGGAAACCGGACAUGACCGACAGCAAUAUAAUGAAUUUAUGCGUCGUGUCGGAAGGCACUUACGAGGUGUGCAGCAGAACCAUCGCGCAGAAACAAGACAAAUCCGACAACGCCAAGUGGAUCUUGAACGUUCAGUGGCAAAUGGAAGGAGUUGAUAUUCAUCUCGAUGUCAGCGUGGGGCAGCAACUGUCCGCUCUUGGACACACACUUACCAUGUUAACCGGUUCCGAGGAGGAAGACGACAUUCACGUGCCUCCGGAUUACGACAGCGAUGACGGGGAUCAACCAGAAAACAGUACUAGCCAGGUUAAGAAAAAAGAAAGCAUAUUGAUGAAAAAAUCGAAGAAUUGGACCGACGGUCUCCCGGCGUUUAUUUUCGAUCCCACACUCGACGCGAAGAAGAGAUCGCAACUGAUAGAGAAGGAGAUGAACGAGCAAGCCAAGAUUAUAAAUGACUUGCGAUCGUUAGGCGCCUCACACGGGACUAUCGAACAGGAAAUGAAACGUCUUCACGAAUUGGAAGCGAUGGUAUUCAAGGAUUUUAGAAGGGAUAUGAUUCAGAAGUUGAGGAGACAGUCGGUCAAAGCCUCGGGAAUUAAAGGUAAAUUGGGUCUCGGUGGCAAAACCAACACUUAUCGUUCGAGAUCGUUCAUCGUGCCGUCGCCUACCCCGGAACAUCAUUUGGAGAGUCCGGAAGAUAUAAACACGGAAAUCAAUUCGGCGAAUUCAGCCAGUUACGAAAGCAGUCCCAGAAGCGGACCCAGUCGUUCAGCUUCUUUGCGCGUAAGAGGACUUGGCGGACCGCGAGUUACUUUCAGCGACACACAUACGAUGUGCAGGCAGUCGUCUCUGCCGAGCGCUAGUUCUGAUUUGAGUUUACCAGAGGGAGAGUUAGAAUGGCCGGAGACUAUCGAGAUCGAAGGAGAACGAGUCGAAUUGAGAAAAAAGACUAAAGACACUAGCGUCACAUCUAGUUACGACAGUAUGGAAGGAAAUGCGCCGUUACUCGAUUCGUUUGGAAAAGAGCAACUUUCGUCGACGUCAUCGCCGUACACUACGUCCCAGAAAACCCAAGAGCCUAAUAUAGAUUUUGAACUUGACGUCAAGGUUUUAAUUAACAGUGGAAAAUGUGUAUUGCAUACUAAGGAUUCGGCCAAAGAAGAUGAAAUUAAACUUUUAAGUCGAAUGAAGAAAGAAAGAUCAUGUUCGGGAGGAACGUUCGACUUUCAACCUGGCAGUCCUAGCAGCAGCAGAAAACAUUUAAAUAGCAAAGAAAAGUCAUCGACAGCUAGCACGUCUCGACUGAGAUACUUACAACAUACAAGUGUGCCUUUAGUAGAUUUAACAAUUUUUCAUAUUCCCGGCUUAGAUGUUAAGGUUCAUUACGAGUCGAAAACUCUUACGGAAGAAUCGUUAUCUCCUCGUAUAUCCGCCGAGAAUAGUUUACUGAAUCCAAUUACAAUGACGGUACUUAGAAAAUCUAGCACUAAAAAAGCUAGUCUUUUCGCUUGGAUGACUCUGCAAAGCAUUCCGGAGGAAACUAUCAUUAGUCCUCACAUUCUUGAAUUCUUGGAGCAAACCUUGGAACCAAUUCCGAGCAAGAACAAUUUUCAAAGCAGCACGCAAACGAAUGCUGGUUUUCUGUUGGAAAACACGGAGAACACAUCGUGGGCAGCGACCGCUGCUAACAGCAAUUACGUUUACGCCAGUUUUCCCGUUGACGUUAUAGUCUAUUUUCAUAUGCAGCCAUCGACGUUUAGAUUUUCGUGUUUGCCGGUCUCGCGAGUGGAGUGUAUGUUACAAUUGCCGUCCUUGGACAUUGUGUUCUCGUCGAAACGCGCCGAGGAAGAGCUGAUAGAAUUUCGGGAAUUCAAAUCGCAAACAACGGGCAAGGAAACCGGUUCGGCAAUCGGCGGUUUGUCCGUUACCGGUUGUUUGGCGGAUUUUUCCGUUUAUAUUUUUCAUCCGUACGGGGGUGGGAAAAAGACGGGAUUGAAGGAGGCGCAAUGGUCACCAUUAUCGGACAGCGAGAGAAAAGAUUCGCUGAGCAUCAACGUCGAAUUUGUGAAAUUUCACUUGUCACGAAGCAGAAAAUAUAAUUUUCAAAGCGAACAACUCAAGAAGCUUUCGGACACCAGUCGCGCUGUUAUACGAUUUUCAACGAUCGUUGAUAUUGGAUCGGCCUCGUUUAAAUACGACAUGCGUCGAUUGACGGAGAUUCUUGCUUUCCCGAAGGCUUGGUAUCGGCGCAGCAUAGUGAGACGCUUAUUCUUGGGAGAUCUGAGCUCGGGCACCGCGUAUCCCGAAGACGACAGUCCUCCGUUAAAUCAAGAGGAGGCGGUCAUGGGUAGCUCGCUGUUAAAGCAUUACGAUAGACACGAUCCGUUAUCGAAAAGCGCGCCCGAGAGAAGCCCCGUCCUAAAUAGAGAAAAAUUGAAACUAAGCUUGGAAAACGACAUGCCGAGACAACCGCGAUUAAAAGAUAUCGGAAGAGGAUGGAGUUUUACCGCGGACAAGCAAAUAUCGGAAGUCAAGUUAAGAGAAUCCGCGUGGGAGACACUGGUGCUGUUCGCUGUGAAUUUCACUCGGUUGAACGUGCACAUGAACAUGGGCAAUGUAAUGGGCAACGUCAGCUGGAUGACCAAAGAUUUUCGAUCGGACGGAAGAUUGUCCAUCGGUAGCACGGGACACAAAAAUUUGUACAUUGGCGUUGGCUUGGGAGGAUCGAGUUUGGAUGCGAAAGGCGGUAUAGUCGGCGGAACAAUUGAACUGAGUAGAAUUGACACUUACAUACACAUCCGAGAAGAACCUGGAAUAGAACCUGAUCAUACGGUUGGACUGAAACUAUUUGCAUUGGAGUUACGAUUGGAUUAUAUGGGAACGAGUGUGUUGAUGUCCCGAGUGUCUUCAUUGGACGUAACUCUCAGAGAUGAGUGGAAAAUCAGUCGUAACAGCAGUGGAGAUGCUUUCAUGCCAACUCGAAGACCUGCUGUCAUUUUUAUGCACGGUGAUCUGGGUUGGGAUCAGUUGCAAAUUAUGAUCAGUAAGUCGACGACGGCCGACCUGUUGAAGAUGUUUUAUAAAUUGGACGAGUUCUUCAGUCAACAAUUUAAAAGCAGCAAACGAGUGUUCAGCUCGUUGCAACCGAAACAUCAAAAGAUGAACAACAGCAGUUUCAAGAAGAGGCAACAGAAAAAAAGAUCUGCCGCCGAUGGAGGUCCGUGGAGUUUAAAUCAGACUGCGAUAUCAGACGCCAGACAUCAUAGACACUGGCAAAGAGUGUUGGCUCAAGUAGCUGGUCUUCAAUUGGGAAGCUUAAGAUUCUCUUUACCGUCAACCGGAACUGUUCUCGGCGGAACAAUGGAACUUCACGGCUGCAAUAUUAGUCUGGCGUGUUUCCACGGAAUUAACUUCAAGAGCAAAAGCUGGGCUCUGUUCUCGUUGAAAGAACCUUGUAUAAGUUUCGCCACGGAGGCUCAAGAAAUUCCAAGUGUCGAAACGCCGAACACGUAUGACGUUCACGUCGUGCAAACGUUAACCAUCAGUUUGGGUCAUCAGCAGGAGCAACACGCGAGGCAUCAUUCCAUGGCGACCGUUUGCAGAUUGAGCCGAAGCGUUUUAUUCCCGCCGCAGUUUAAAUCCUUACAGGAAUGGUUCCAUUACGCGUUCGCUAGUAGCGAGAUCGACGCGGUAGACAGAUUCCCGUGCGUCGAGAGAGACAGAGUGGACAAUAUACCGGACGGUGGUAAUGCGUCGCGCGGAAGAAGCACAUCGUCAACGUCCGGCAAGCUGCAGGAACACUCGCACACACGAGAGGUGAUAUUCGCCCUUCCCUCGUUGCAGUUACACUUGAAAACUGAACAUUUACAAACCGCGAGGACACCAGACGUCGUAGGCGAAAAACCAUUAGUCGAAUGCAGCUUCAUAACGGAAUUCGAAGAUCACAUAUUCGUUACCGUUGACGCUGAAGCCUUUUUCUUCUUGCACGAUCUCAUUACGUCGUACGUUAAGGAAAAAGAAAAAGUGCACAUGAUGCAGAACAUGGGCGCUAGGGCGCACAGUCCCGAUCCGCAAGAGAGAAAGAACGCAAACGCGAACACGUCCGCUAAUAUGUCCAGUCUGUCCGUCAGUUCUGAGGACGAGAAGAAACGCAAACAAUUCGAUCCGGCUGAGAUGUUUAUCAAGGAUUGGCGAUCGUACAGAUGUAAAACAUGGCACUUGGAGCCAACAGUAAGGUUACUUUCAUGGGCGGGCAAAAGUAUAGAACCUUACGGCAUCGAUUACAUUCUUCAAAAAUUGGGCUUUUCUCACGCACGCACCACCAUACCGAAAUGGAUACAACGAGGCUUUAUGGACCCUCUAGACAAAUUACUUGCCGUUCUUAUGUUAAGAAUGGUAUUAGCCGUUCGCGAAGAGUCGGUGGACGAACAAAAAGAAUAUAAAAAAGAGAAAUAAUAUCAUAUACCGUGAUGUUUUUUUUUUUUUUUUUUUUUAACAGAAGCAUCGAAUAUCGUGUAAUAUUUGUGGUAUGUAUUUCCACUUAUCUGUACUAGAUACUACAUCCACGUAAUUAUUGAAAUAGGUGAAACAUUUCAGUGUUACAUUUAAGAACGUCACAUCUGUACAUAUAAUAUUAUUUUUUCUUUCUGUUAUUUGUUACUAAAGCACGUAGAAAAACAGCUAGUAAUAAUGUAAUUGGGGAAAAUAAGAGUCAUAGUGGGGUAAAUAAUAAUCGUUUCUUGGGAACUAUGAAACUCGCGUACAAGCUGUUGUUAAAUUAUUUGUUUAAAUGUAUGUACGUGCUCUACGAUAUGUAUCAAUAUAGAAAUUUGUAAGAAAUGUAAUUAAUACGUACUGAUACACAUACACACACACACACACAUACACAAAAGCAACUGCAUAUUGUGUUACUAUACAUGUAUUUUUUAUUAUGAUUUUUAUUUCAAUUGUAAAACAGAUACUGCGCGUAAGUUCUCUCUUGUAAGCAAUAUUUUAGGAUUUUGAUACAGCAAUACACAAGCAAGUUGUUCGUAUUUUGUUUACUUUUGUUUUACGAAUUUGUAAUUUAUUGAUGGUGCAUACGAUAUACAAAGUGUCUGGGGUGAAGCGAGACAUAUUUUAAAAAUUGUAUUCUUUCAGUGAAAAACAUAUAUAUCAUUUGUAAUAUUGGUUUUGCACGUAUGUACAUGAUAAAACGUAUUAUAAAACGACGUUAUGUGACUGUGAUGAUUACCACUAUUUUUUAUUAUGUACUGUUCAUUAUAUAUAUAAAUAUAAAUGUGUAAAUUAUACAUCCAAGUAUAUUUUCUCUAUACACACAUACGUAUUGUUUAUAAAUUAUACAUAUACUUCUGCAAUAUUCCCGAAUAAUAAAGUGCCAUCUGUGAUUUUUUUUUUAUCAACAUGUAUUUAUCUGUGUAUAUACGUUAUAUUUAAAUAUAAUUUUAAUUUUUAGAUAUUUAAUUCACACACAGGUGCAGUUACAAUAAGUUUAUUUUUUCAGGGAUGUAACAGAAAUUAAAAGUUUUUAAAAUGUUAAUAUUAUAGUAAAAAUCGUAAUUUUUCUAGAACAAUUAUAAUUUAUACGAAAAUUGUACAUCUGCCUGUUGCGCGUGCACAUAUUAUCCGUCUAUAAGAAAUUGAUGUAUAUAUAUAUAUGCAUUAGAUAAAUCAAUAAAUGUGUAAUAAAAUAAAUUAUAUAGAAACAAUGUGUAUAAUUACGAAUAUAAAUUUAUUAUUCGCAGAAUGCGCACAAGUAAAGCUUAAAAAUACGUUUACUUAUACAUACGUUAUAUGUACGUGAUAAAAUCUUAUUAUUAUACAUAAUUAUAAUACAUAUAUGUAUCUCUCUACUUUAUAAUAUUGUAAAUUUGUAUUCUCUCACGUCAUACGCAAAGAAACAAGGAAAACCAACUUAUACACUAAUAAACAAUAUGAUAUUAAAUAACAAGUGAAGAGCAAAAUUACAAGCAUAAAAAAAAAAAA